CACCUUCAGUGGUAAGGCAGCCUUUCUUCUUGGUGGCAUCGAAGCAAGCACUGCACAGCGCAGAGCAAGAAGCCAGACUCCAGACUGUGAGAGAAGGGGAGGCAGGAUGGGUUGAGGAGGAGGAGGAGGAGGAAGAAAGGAGGCGACUUGGUGGAUCCAAGGAGGCCACUGCUUUUGCUUUGCUGCUGCUGGGAUUCCACUUGUUUCAGGGAGUUGCGACCUGCCAGUGUAUCUUCCUGCCCUUUCAAUUAAUUGGAGAAUUAGAACCUGUACAAUCAUUGCCAAAUUGCAGUGGCUGUUCUCUGUGCCUUUCAUUCUCUUAAUUUCGGUUUCGCUCCUGUUCUGAAGAGUGGGGGAAAAAAAUUAAGGCAGUUCUUAGCUUUGGGAGCUGCAGAAUAUUGCAUUGUUGCAUAAUUCAAGUGCUGAGGAAGUGAGGUCUUAAUUAUUGUUUGGAGUUUUGCUUUUGUGGCACCAAUGGCGGCCUUGGUCGGUCAUGACGCGAGGCAGUAUUCAUGGUGGUGGGUUAGUCAUAUCAGCCCCAAGAACUCCAAAUGGCUCCAAGAAAAUCUCAAUGACAUGGAUUCAAAGGUUAAAGCUAUGAUCAAACUUCUCAAUGAAGAUGCUGAUUCUUUUGCACGAAGAGCAGAGAUGUACUACAAGAAACGCCCAGAGCUAAUGAAACUGGUGGAGGAGUUCUACCGAGCUUACCGUGCAUUGGCAGAAAGGUAUGAUCAGGCCACCGGUGCACUUCGACAGGCCCAUAAAUCAAUUUCUGAAGCAUUUCCCAAUCAGAUGCCACCAAUGUCUGAUGAGUCACCCGCUUCUUCGGGCCAAGAAGUGGAACCACAUACUCCAGACCUGCCCACUUUCACCCGUCUCCCUUUUGAUUUGGAUGACCUGCAGAAGGAUGGAGUAGGUGUGUCACCACAACAAUUCACCUCCAAGAGGAAUGGUACACACCCUGAGGAAGCCAGUGCACUGCCAAAUCGAAAAGGUUUUGAUGUGAAAGUGCGUAAAGGCCUAAGCUUUGGAAGCCCAGAAGUUAAAGGCAGUGAUGCCAUCAGCAAUGAGAUGGUAAAUUUGCAACAAGAGAUUUCAAGAUUAUUAGCUGAGAGCAACAGCAUGAAACAACAGAUAUUAUCAGAAUCUGAGAGGGCAAACAAAGCUGAAAAUGAAAUCCAGGUUCUAAAGGAUACCAUCUUGAAAUUGAAUUCUGACAAAGACACGUCUCUGCUGCAAUAUAAUCAGUCCACUGAGCGGUUAUCUACUCUGGAGUCUGAGCUCUCUAAGGCCCAGGAUGACCUCAAGAAGCUAACUGAUGAAAUGGCUACAGAAGUUCAGAAGCUGAGUAGCGCUGAAGCACGCAAUAGUGAAAUACAGUCUGAGCUUGAGGCUUUGGAUCAAAAGGUGAAGAUGCAGCAAGAAGAACUUGAACAAAAGCAGAAAGAACUGAAAAGCUUCAACUUAACCUUCCAGGAAGAACAAGAUAAGCGCAUGCAGGCUGAAAGUGCUCUGCUUUCAGAGGGGAAAGAACUUGCUCAAUGUCAAGAAGAAGUACAAAGGUUGACUAAGGAAAUCCAGAUGGCAAAUGAAAAGUUGAAUGAGCUCAAGCAGACCAAAGUAAAUCUUGAGAAUGCUGUUUCUGAGUUGAAGAAAGAAGUCGAGAAUCUUACUGAACAAAACCGCUCCUCCGAGCUGCUUAUACAAGAACUUCGCGAUGAAAUUAAUUCUCUGAAGGAUUCAAAGAACGAACUUCAAAAUGAAAUCCAAAGCCUUCGGAGCACCAUUUCACAGUUAAACACCGAGAAGGAUGCAACCCUAUUUCAACACCAGCAGUCUGUUGAAAGAGUAUCUGAUCUGGAAUCUCAACUCUUGAAGCUACAGCCUGAGCUGGAAGAAAUUGAACAGAAGGUUCAGAUGCUGAUGCAAGAUCUUGAACAGAAGAGACAGGAAGCAGAUAGUGCCCAUGCCCAGCUGCAAGAUGAAUGCAAUAGGCACACACAAACUGAAGCAGAUCUUCACAGGUUUAAGAAUCUGCAUUCUCAGUUGGAAGAGGAAGUGAUAAAGCUGACAGAAAAUCUUGACAGAUCAACAAAGGAACUGGAAGAGUUGGAAAAUGCAAAGUUAGACCUGGAAAACACAUCAAGAGAGUUAAAAAGCACAAUCUUAGAUUUAAACUCUGAGAAGGAUGCAGUACUUCUGCAACAACAGCAAUCUUUGGCGAAAAUAUCUGAGUUGGAGCUACAGCUCUCUAAAACACAGUUGGAACUGAAGAAUUCUGAACAGAAAAUGCAGCUACUGGAGCUAGAAAUCACACAGAAGAGUGAAAGUAUGGACAGCCUGACGUUGAGCCUGAAAGACGAAACUGAGAAGAGGGUUCAAGCUGAAACAUCACUCAUGUCAAUGGAGAGUAUGUAUUCUCAGUCUCAAGAGGAAGUGAAUAGAUUGCAUCUAGAGAUUGAGAAGCUUAAUUUCAAAUUGAAUGAAUUGGAAAACUUGUCAUCUGAACUUAAUAGCACCAUCUUACUUCUAAAUGCCGAGAAAGAUGCUACCGAUCUUAAGAACCAGCAGUCCCUGGUGAGAAUAUCUGAUCUGGAGUCUGAACUCUCAAAGUUGCAGGCUCAACUGGAGAAAAUUGAAGGGAAAGUACAGAUGCUGGAGCAGGAACUCAAACAUAAGAAAGAAGAAGUGGAUAGUCUCCAAAUCAGCAUACAAGAUGAAGCCCAUAAGCGCAGUGAAGGUGAAGCAGCUCUCCUUGCAAUGACGAAUCUUAACUCUGAGUCUCAGGAGGAAGUGAAUAGGUUGACCCUGGAAACUAAGAAGCUGAAAGUGAAGUUAAGUGAGGUGGAGAACAGUAAUACAGAUCUUGAGAAUAUCGUAGCCAAGCACACACAGGAUAUCCAUGUCCUUCGUGAAAAGAAUGUUUCCACUGAACUUAUGAUAAAAGAACUUCAUCAUGAGUUGGAUGCCCUGAAGGAAUUGAAUGUGAAACUUGAGAGUGAAAUGGGGUUACAUAUAGGCGAAAAGGAAGCACUUCAGAGAGACUUUGCUUGUCAAAAAGAAGAGAAGCAAAAUCUAGAGGGGAUACACCAUUCUCUCGCUGAGGAAAUGAGUACUUUAAAAAGCAGAUCAGCAGCAAACCAGAAGUUGAUUGAGGACUUGCAGAUCAUGAACUUAAAACUGAAGGAAGUGUGUGCGAAGAAUGAGGUAGAAAAGGCACUUCUCUCAGAAAAGGUUCAAGAGGUGGAGAAGCUUUCUGAAGAAUUUUCACUCAUGGAGAACUCACUUUCAGAUGCAAAUGCUGAAAUGGAUUCACUGAGGGAGAAGAUUAAAGUGUUAGAAACUUCAGAAGGCUCUCUGAAGGAUGUAAUUUCCUCUCACGUUUCUGAAAAGGCUAUCCUUACAUCAGAUCUAGAAACUCUUGGUAAAAGUUAUGCUGAUAUUUCAGAGAAAAAUUCUAACUUGGAUAUCUUAAUAUCUGAUAUGAAAGCUGAGAUUGAAAAUUUGAGAACAAAGCUGACAGAUUCUGAAGAAACCUGCCAGGCUCACCUUGCAAAUAACUCAGCUCUUUCUGAUGAAAAGAACAAUGUGUUCUCUCAGCUGGAGAGCGUUACAGUGGUUAUGAAAGCCCUGGAAAGUAAACAUGCUGAUUUGGAAGACAAGAGCUCCUCUUUAUCAAGAGAGAUGAAUCUUGCAUAUGAUCAAGUAAGAGAAUUGCAGGAUCAGUUAAGAGUAAAGGAUGAAGAAUAUGAAGCAUUUGUUAAGUCACAUCAAACACAAGUCAAUGACUUUGAGGAGCAGAUCUCUUCUCUGCAAAAGAAAAGCUAUUACAUGAAUGAGUUGCUUGAACAGGAACAGGAGAACCACAUGAGUGCAUCUAUUAAUGUAGUGAUCUUGGAGAACUGUUUGGCUGAUUUGAAAGACAAGAACGUUGAUCUUUUCAAUGAAUGCCAAAAGUUUGCAGAGGCAAAUCAUGCCGCAGAGAUGUUAAUUUCACAGAUGAAGGAUGAAGCCAGAUAUCAUCAAGAUGAGAGGAAAUUUUUGCUAAUUCAUACUGAGAAACUAAGAGAAGGGAUUUCACAGCACAUGAAGAUCCUAAAUAUAUGCAAGGAUCUAGGUCCUGCUAAUAUAGCGGAGGACAAAAUUAUUUUGCAGACUGUCUCAGAUGAAGCCUCCAACAUCAUGAAACUUAAAGAGCAAAGUGAAGAUGCAAACAGGCUCAUGUACACUGAGCUGACAGUUCUCGCAACAGUUAUGUUGCAAGUAGGAUUGGAACUCAGAGAUCUGAAUUUGCAGAAGCGUGCCCUUGAGAAAGAAUUGGAAACUAGGGCAGCAGAGUUCAUUACAUUGCAAAAUAACAAUGUCCAGAUGUUGGAGUGGAACGAACAGCUGAAGCAAGAGUUACAGCAAGGCUGUGAAAGGGAAGAGGUUCUGAAAGCUGAAAUACUUGUUUUACAAGAGAAGCUAUCUUGCUCAAGAGAGUCCUACCAGACUUCACAAAAUGAAAUUGUGAGCUUGACUGAGAAAAAUGAGACCUUGUGUAAAGAAUACCAGUCUUUGAUUGAGAACUACAAUGCUUUGGAGGAUGAGAAUGGAACCCUUCUUUCAGAAUGCAUGAGGCUCGAGCACUUGUCUUUGUUCCUUAGGGGCCAUAACAAUGAGGUAGCAACUGCAUUGGGAUCUCUUACUGAUGAGAUGGCUUUGUUGAGUGUAGGUAAGGAUGAACUUGAUUGCGAAGUCCAAGAGCUUAGCAGAAGAGGUAUGAUGCUUGAAUCGGAAAACAAUAACCUAAAGGAGUAUUUUAUCUACCUGAUAGAGAUUCUCAGCGCUCAGUUAGCCCUCUCAGAGUUUGAUUUGAAUAUCAACAAAAGCAUUUGCCAGGAGUUGGCCAGUGAACUUGAGAGCUGCAUGGCACAGCUGUCGCAGAAGGAUGAUGAGCUACUUGAAGCAGAAGAUAAGGUUCAUUUGUUGCAAGGAAAGAACCGAGAAUUAUGUGGAGUUGUUGGCUCGCUUCAGGUUGCCAUUGAAGGGGCUAAAAUUGUGAAAGAGGAACUCGAGAAGAAAAUCACAACGUUGACUGAAGAGGGAAACACCAAAGAUGGUGAAAUUUCGCUUCUUCGCCAAGCAAACGAGAGACUGCAGGUGGAAGCUGACAUCCUAAAAGACAAGGAAGACAGUUUGACUUCCUCACAUGAAUUACUGUCGAAAGAGGUUGAACAACAUGAAGGGGAAUUUGUUGUGUUGAUGGAUGAUGCGAUAUCCUCUUCAGUGAAUGCGGCAGUCUAUGAAGAGAAGGCACUUGAACUUAUGACGGAAAAUACAGAACUAAAGGCCAACUUGAGCACACAUGUAGCUCUGAUAGCAUCUUUGUCUGAUCAUGUCAAUGAGCUGGAAGAAAACACUCUUUCUCUGUCAAAGCCCUAUAGCACAGAAAGCAAAAAGGAAGAUGCAGAGGUACCUUUUAUGCAAGAGCGCAACCAUGGGCCAGAAUCUCACCCCUUGCCGGAAGGAACUCCAGAGCUACAGCGGUUAAUUGCAAGAAUGGGAGCACUUCAAGUUGCUAUUCGAAAUGCCAAAGAUCUUCAUGAUCAGGAGUCAACCAAGUCUGCUGCUACGUUGGCAGCAGCACACAGAGAUAUUCAAGAGCUUAAAGCAAGAGGCGGGUCGCAGAUGGAGGCAAGGGAAAUAUACUCCGACAAUGAGAAGCUGAACAACGUCGAGGGCUCCAAAGGGAAGCAGGUACAGAUGAUGAAGGAUAUCGAACUUGAUCAAAUAUCCACAUGUCCACCAUAUGGCACUGGAGCUGCGCUCUACCCACUUAAGAAUGGCGCGAAUGCUGGGAUGGAUGACGAGAUGCUGCAGCUGUGGGAAGCUGCCGAGAGGAGCUGCAAAAACCAAACAUCCAAAUCAUCAUCAGCUGAGCACGACAUAGAAGCGGUUGAGGAGGUGAAGAGUGAGUACCCUUCCUCUGAGCUAGCAAGGGGAAGAGACCUUGGAAUCAAUAAGCUUGAGGUGUCGACAUCAUCUGUAGAGCCUCAUGAGCAAUGGAGCAACAAUGUACUGGAGAAGCUCUCUUCUGAUGCUCAGAGGUUGCAGAGCAUCCAAGUGAGCAUCAAGGAGCUGAAGCGGAAAAUGGGGAGCCCAUCAAACGGGAAAUCGCCCAUGAACUCCGAAUACAACACCGUCAGCACUCAGCUACUCGAUACCGAGGGAUGUGUCUUGGAACAGAUCAAUUACAACAACAAAUUGACAAAGCGGGUUGAGAACUAUCCUGCGCUAUCAGAUAGCAUGAACGCGGAGCAAGAAGGGUACCCCAGUAGGAGGAAAAUAUCCGGACAGGUCCAGAAAGGAUCGGAAAACGUGGGGAGAUUGGAACUGGAACUUCAGAAGAUACAGUAUGUCCUGCUAAAGCUUGAAGAGGAGCAUGAGUACAGGAGGCUCAAGGUCUCCGAUAAGCGCACUCGGGUUCUUCUGAGGGAUUAUCUGUAUGGAAGGAAGGAGAAGCGCGGCGGUGCGCAGAAGAAAAAGAAGAGGGCACCUUUCUGUGGCUGUGUGCAAUCAAGAACUGAGACUUGAACCAUUUUGUUCUGGCGGGAAACUAGCUAUAAAAUGAAAAGGGAAGAUGAGAGAUGUCAGCUCCAAGAGGCUGUAGCACUGCUUUGAGCAGGCCAUGUUCUUGGGUUCAUCCCCAUUGUAAUUGAGUUAGUAUUUUAGUGCUCAAAACAAAGCAUAUGUAUCUAAAAUUUUGGCUUUCCUGUCUAAAUGAGGCCAUCUAAGCUUAGUUCAAUAUGUUAUAGUUUUCUUUCCAUAGCAAAUAUGAUAUAGGUAUAAUAUAGCAAGGCAUUUUAUUUCAAACUAUGCUGCAUUUGGGUGGCUUCUGCAAUUCAUUUUUUUCCAUCAAGGUCUCAGGCUACAAAAACAGGUAGUUCGUCUGAGAA